UUGAUCGGAACUACUCUGUCGCUCUCUUCUGCUAAAUCAAUGAAACACCAGCCAAAAGCUGGUUUCUUCAAAAAAAAAAUCCGUGGAAGGAACCACCGCUCCAGCGCAGCCAUGUACCCCGAUCCCAACGCCUCGUGCCUUCCGCCUAGCCCUGCGACGUGUCCAUUCCUCUGAGAUGGCAGUCACCGCGACCGACAUGGACCGCAUGGCGAACGGCGCCGUCGAGUCCUCCGCCGAGUCCCUGGCCGCGGAGGCGCCUCCGGAGGCCAGGACCAAAGGCCGCGGGCUCCGUCGGUGGCGCCGUAUCCAGCGGGAGCACCGCGCGGAAGGCCCCGCUGCCCCCGCCACCGACGCUGGUGGCAGAGGUGGUGCAGAUGACGACGCGGCACAGCUCCACAAGCGCCGGCUGCCCCUCGGCCCCGCCGCGCCCCCCAAGGGGAAGCACGAGGUGGCCGUCGAGAAGGCGGAGAGCUCCACCGCUUCCGUCGAGUCCCGCUUCGUCCCACUGGAGCAGGCGCCGGCGCCAGCGCCAGCGAAGCUGGACCCGGAUCUCGGCCUGCUCGUCUGCUCCGUCGGCUUCUCGGUCGGCGCAGGCGGCGCUGACUCCGACAACAGCGAGGACCGGAGCAGCAAGUCCUCCACCGCCGCGAGCGCCCCGCGCCACGACUUCCCGCGCGAGCGAGACAGGCUGCGUGCUCACACCGCCACCUCCAUCCACGGGAAGAAUCACCGGACCGCGCGCGCGCGAGCCGACAGGCAGAGCGCUCACACAGCCUUCUCCGUGGCCAAGGCCAAGGCCGAUAACUCUCGUUCGAGCGUCGAGUCCGACCGCCGCAGCUCUAAUGCCAUCCACGGCCGGAAACAGGGGGUCGGCAGCAUCGGCAAUGACAUCCACAAGGAACUUUCUGAUGGUGAUGACCACAGCGAUGAAGGGCAGCCAAGCGAUGAGAUGCGAUCAACAGCUGGAGGUUACUGCAGGCAGAGUGGCAGUAAUGUGGUGGGAAAAUUGGGUGGGGGAAAUGGUGAUUCUGGUGAUGCUGAUGUUGAGGACACAUGUGAAGAGGGGGGUGUUGUUGGGAAGGGCGAGAUCGGAUUAGAGAUGAACUCAUGUGCUAACCCAUAUGCGGAAUCUAUUUUGUUACUUCAGAGAACGCAGGAAGCUCUUGAGAAUGAGAUACGGAACUUUGUGGUGAUCGGGAAAGAAUCCACCGAUGAUCUUGAUGCACGCAAUGAUGAAUGGAGCAACUCGCUCCACAUUGAGGAAUCUGUUGAAGAAGCAAAUGAAAAGAGAAAGGAUCUUGAGUCAAGGAUGGAACAAGCAUCAGCACUGAUCAAGGAGAAGGAUUCAAGAAUACUUGAACUAGAAGCUCUCAGCCGGACGAGGGCAUGGAGAAGUGCAAUUCAGAGUGCUAACAACCAGCUGUUGCAGCCGGAUGUUGAUCAACUGCUCCAGGAGAAGAUGGAAGCGGAGAUUCAGUUUAUCAUCCUGACAAGAGCCUCUCAAACCUGGACCCUCGUUGCCGAGGAUCGGAAAGCUCUCUGCGAGGAGCAGAAAUGUCUGCUUGGUGACUACAAGGAGCUCGAACUCAAACUGCGUAGUGCCGAGAACCGAGCAGCAAUACUAGGGGAGAUGGUGGAGAAGCUGGAGGCGCAAUGCAAAGAGCUCUCUGCGAGUGCAGAGAUCUUGCAGCUGCAGUCUAGAACAAGCACCGCGUCACUCUUAUGUUUCAGCCAGUUUAUACUGCUGCUUAUUGCCGUAGGCAUCUAUGUUAUGCGCCUCUCGCCAUCCUCGACCGAGUUAGUACCUACGUGAGCUUAGAAGUUAGAAGUACCAGAAGUUGUACCUGGUCAUUAGUUAAGCUUAGAAGAAUAUACCAGACAAGGAAUCCUUGUGUAAACUUGCCAGCAAAAGUUUCAAAUUUCGUUUGUAACUAAGCUUCCUUUCUUUCUGGUUCCUGUAUCUGAUGGUCCAAGAUUUUCUGCGUAAGUGGAAUAAGAGCUGCUAUCAUCAGCUAAUCACUGAGAACCUUCUAC